AUGAUGAUUGUGGCACGUGAAUUACCUCAUUUAUUGUCCGACGAUGAUCUUGAUCAAUUGAGUGCUGAAUGGCGUUUAUACGAAAAUGAAACCAUUCCAAAUGAAUGUGUCAAAGAUGCCCAUUCUCGUUAUCAUGCUGAUCAGGAAAAGAUGCAGCGAUUAAUUAAUGAAAAGGAAGAAGCUGAAUCUGCUGCAAAAUUACUCAAGGACAGAGAACUUCUCUUAAUUGAAAAAGAACAGAAACUUAUUGAUGAACGCAAUGUCUUACAACGUGAAUUGGAUAAUGCGUCGAAAAUGCUUGAUGAAGGUAACUCACGUCUUGAAGCUGCUGUUGCAACCAAAAACUUUGGUGAUAUUGAAGUGGCACAAUUACUCAUUGGAGGUGCUAACAAGAAACUGGACGCGUUAAAGACGCAACUGAAUGAUAACAGCGAACAGAUGAAUCAACUUCGAAAGAAAGUGAAAAAAUGA